GCGUGAAGCAGGCGGCGGCCAGGGGCCCCGGAACAAGCCUGACGAGGUAUUAAACCGCGGCCGAGGCCAAGGUGUGCGUCACUAGUGAAUAUAAUCCUGUCGUGUUCUGUGUUACCAAGACGAGUGAAGAACGUCCAGUUAGAGACUUUUAGUGUUCCAGAAUGCAGGCGAUACGUGUGGUGUUGGUGGUGGUGGUGGGCGUGACGGUGUGUCGGGCGGCGACCAUGUUAGACGCAGACGUCGACCAGGAUGUGGUGGACAUUGGGCCCAGAAACGACCUCGCGGCCACCAGUUCAGCCGCCACAGGACGGACCUUCUCAGAGUGGGGCCAGUCAAUCAUGGAAUGGAUGGGCUUUGGAGACGAUGAGAGCGACGAAUAUUCAGACUACGAGUACUCGUACUAUUACCCGCCCAGCGCCUCCUCUCAGAUAGGCUACGGGCUGCCCUCCGUCGGCUACCAGGGGGCAACGGGUGCUCAACAGUCCUCCUACAGCAGCUAUGCGCCCGUGCAAGUGGCUCAUCCCCAGUUCUCCCCCGCCCGUGACGACACUUAUGAGGAUGACGACGGCUGGUCGAUGACGGAUAUUAUGUACAACAUGGCCCUCACAGCUGUUCCUGUCGGCCUCCUCCUCUCCGCUCUUCCCACUGGGCUAUUCACCAUCGCAGUCAGACGAAGCUUCGACAACAGCAACCUCCUGGAUGAGACUAUGGACCCGUCGGAGUUGCCGCUGCUGCACGCCCUUGUGGAGAGUGACUUCAUGGCCCUCGUCUCCAGGGACUGCCAAGAGAAGCUUUUCUGCGAGAUCUCCCGCAUUGGGGAGCGCGAGGGCGCCUCAUUCAUGCAGAAGGCCUUCUACUAUGUUGCCACUCUGACCCCGGACACUGUAGCGCGCAAAGUGGGGUUGGCUCGGUUAUUCCGGACUUCGCGCCACGGCCAUUGUGACAUGAUCCAGUGCUCGGCCACCUCGGGACAGAGACCUCCCCCAAUGGUCACGCACAAGCCUGUUGAUACAAACCGUAUCUCCGAGGAAGUUAGCACCUCAGAGAAGGACGCUGUAGAGGUCGCAAGAGAGUGAUGUGGCAGCGCCCUUAUGUUGCUGGCUGUUCCUCAUCGCUUCGAGUCGGCUCAAACUCCCGUUGUAAGACUUGUCUGUUCUGUUGUGAACCGGUGGACACUCAACAGCAAAAUAUUCUUAAUUGUUGGCACACAGAAACGUCACUGUAAUUGGGACAUGCAUUGUUACUGGCUCUGCUGCAUGUGAAACACCCAGCAGUCGUGUACAGAAUGCAUGGUUGUUUCUACAAUGGAGCGUCAGCGGACCGAGGCUAGACUCCUCCACCAGUUGCCUAGACAACCUCGGUCUGGACGAGUAUUAUUAUCAACUUCUCAUAUUUAUCUACCAGUCGUAAGAAACUUUACUAAACUUUCACAACCUCUGUUCAUAUUCUCGGCAUGAACGGCUGACCGAAAUAUUUAAGUGACCUCAAGACCAAACAUCCAGACUGACCUGGAGACUGACCCAUUCUAACUGUGCCAUACGAUACGGGCCAUCCAAACACCCCUUGAGUUGCCCUCAAUAGUAUUUGCUGGACGGUAAAUUCCAGCGCCACAGUGUCGCUCAACAGAUCAGACUCUCAUUUCUAGAGCUUCAAGGAGUGUUUGAGACCCUCGGCCUGACUUAGACUGUGAUACUGCCGACUUGGGAAUACUUCACGACCCAACCCCCUUCACUCUAUUCUGCUGAAGUUUCACUUCUAAAGUAAACAGUUUUGUUUUAAUCAUUAUUGUUGCAUUCUAAAGGCAGAACAGUUAAUGUAGCUACUUUCAUACAUUUGAAAAUUAGUUAAAAUUAACGGAACCAGAGUUUGUGGAGGGGGGACAUGUGAAGCAAUAUAUAUAUAACGUUACAGACGCUAGACUAGUUAUUACAUUCAGUGUACAUGCGAAGGAGAAUUUACUUAUUACAGACCUUAGACUAGUUAUUAUACCGUUAACGCUGAAGAUAUCUUCACCACAGACGCCCAAGCAACGCUCUCGUUGGUCACAUCACGUGUGGGUGGCCCGCCCUCUCUACUCAUCGCUAAACUGUAGAUAUUGUAUUUAUUUUUAUAAGAUAUUUCGUCUCUUGAGGCUGGACCUCGGUGUGUGUGAGUGUGUGUAAUCUCAGGCUCUUCUUCUUAAUCUUGUACGUUUUAAGGUUGCUCAAGGACACUGAACGCGGCGUGACAGGAGGGCCAGGAAGCCGUCGCUGAUAAGAGGACAACAAUUGCCUGUCCUGCAGCGUCACACAAACUAUCACUAGCUUUAACUACUCGUUGCAAAGAACUGUCAAUUGUCUCUAUCUUCUUGUAUUAUCAGAAGAUAAAAUUUACCUCAAGUUUGGUUGUAGAUACAAGCAAUGGCUGCCCUCCAGCCACGGUGUGCAGCUCCCGGCCGCCCGCACGACCUGUGACCCCGCCUACGGGUAGACUCGCCGCCAAAGACUUAAUUUUAACCCAGGACUCUCUGUACAUAUGACAGAUUUCAUCACAACUAAUUUCAGUAAAUGUAUUCCACGACUCUUGUUCUCUUGUAACUGGUCGUAUAAAGCAGUUCAACAAACUGAUUCUCUCUAAUUUUAAGAAAGUGAAUGUCGCUGGUGUCUUGUUUACAUUAAAUACUGAAGGCUU